AUGGACAACCAAAGAUUCCAGGUUAAAAUUAAUUUAAAACUAGAAGCUGUUACUUGUCCUGGCGUUUGGCUUUGCAGUCAUGGCUAUUUAGAGGUCACUAUUAAGGCCUUGGGUUAUUUCUUUCGCACGGGCGCUCUGGAACCCUAUUUUCCCUUAUUGUGUCAUGAUCAUUUUAAAAUGGAGGGAUAUUUUAAAAAUUCUCCCUCCCUAGGACACCUAAUAAACAAUUUAUCUAAGGAAUCUUUAGAAAUAACUUUAUGGCAAAAUGGCCGCCGUUUGGCGUACUAUAAGGGAGUAAUAAUGGAUUUGCUGCAAUACAUAGAGCCACAAUUACAAUGUCCCCAUUCUAAUACCAGGCAAAUAUUAAUGAAAACUACACCAGCGUUUCCGGGUAUUUUAUCGCCUAAAGUGGAAAUUACUACCGAAAUCUCUAUAAAAGAUAAACUUUUAAAUUUAAGCAAUACUUCCAAAGACUUACGGACAGUUUGUCACACCAGAGACUUUAAGGAAGCCAUAAUAAAACCUUCUCCCGAGUCAGUUUACUCAAAAUCAAUGGGACGUCGUGUUUCUAUAGCCUCCAGUUGUUCUUCAAAUAAUACCCAUACCUCGGUGGGGAUUUGUGAUAUAGAGCCUGAUUUGCAUUCGGAAAAGUUUGAUGAUCAUAAUCAUGAAAAAUUUUGUGAAUUAUGUCGUUUAUAUAAGGAAGUUUUUUUACAUUAA